AUGUCAUUGCUCCUCAUCUUCCCAUCCGGCCGCCUAAAAGUCCACCAAUGUCUCAUGUCGGCCUGCCCACGAGCCUACGCGGGCAGACUGACAACCUCCAAAGCCCGAGCAGACAUCUCUCCUGUUGUCGUCAACAUCCUCAGCAGCAGCAGCAGCAGCAGCAGCAGCAGCUUCUUCACCCAGCGCCGCUUCCAUGGCGGCAGCAGAGAGCGCAAGGCCCAGCGCAGGGGGAAACUCAGCCGGCCCGGCCGCGAGCAGAUCCGCGCCAAGAGGGCCCAGCUUGCCCGCGAGAGGAGAGACGCGGCGGCGGUAGCGGUCUUGUCUCCGCCGCCAGACAACAGGUUCAUACCGGCCGUGCUGAACCCGCAGGACGGGCGCGUGCGGAUCUGGGACGAGGCGGCGCGGCAGAGGGAGGCGGUGUUGGCUGCGAGGGCGAGGAGGCGGGCGCGGGUGGCGGAGGCGGAGGCUCGGUUUGCGGGGCUGGGGUGGGGGGAUCGGAUUGUUGUGGUGGAUUUGUAUAACUUUGUGGGAUCGAAGCCGUCGGUGCAGGAUCUUCAUGGGAUCCUUUCCUCGGCUCGGAAAGGUCGGGCUGUGAAGAUUGGGGUGCAGGACGCAGACAAGGAAGAUAGUAAAGACGGCGGAAUCGUGGGGCUCUGGAGAUUGAUGCAAGGGAGAGGGGGGGGGGGGAGGAGGAGGAGGAGGAGGAGGAAGGAGAUGAGGAAGCUGGGUGACCUCACCACGCGCGUGAUCAAGCGGCUGGGCCAUCUCGCGGCUGUGCGAGGGUGCGAGGUGCUCGUCAUGGUAGAGGGAGAGGCGCGCAACAUGGAGGCGCCGCGCGGUGUCGGGCUCAUCCGUGCACGGCCCGUCGCGGGCAAGGAUGUGGGUGACGAUGCCAUUGUCGAGUAUGUCGAGGGGCUUCUCCUGGAGGGGGGAGGAGGGGGAGGAGGAGGAGGGGUAGUGCCCUACCGUCUGGUCCUGGUCACGGCGGAUGUGGCACUGAGGGAACGCGUGGCGCUGGAGGUGAUCAAGAGGGCGCCGGAGUGGCUCUGGCGGGAGCUGGACGAGCUGGGGGGCGAGCUUGAUGAUGGCGCUUUGAUGUUUUCUGGGGUGGAGAAGAAGAAUGGUGAGGGUGUGGGGAGGGCGGAGUCCAGGGCGAUCGAUGCUGGGACUCCAGUGGUUCGUGGUGGAAGGGAACGCGAUGGCGUGAGUUGGGCGCUGGGGGUUUGGGCCAACUUGAGGCAGCUUUUUCCUGCCAGCUACUUUGCUACCUUCAUCACGCGUGUCCUCCGAGGGCCGUGGGGUUGGGCAACGCGGGGAUAUCUGGGUGCGCAGGACGGGCGACCUCAAGCCACAGUCACAAAAGCCUGGAGUCACAAGAAGAGGCAUCAAGCACAUAAGAAGCACCAAUAA